GAGUGAAGUCAAUGUCAGUGAUAAAGGGAGAACAUGUCACUCUAGACCCUGAUCUUACUCAACUACAGCGAGAUGAAAUGUUGCUGUGGGGGUUUGGAGAUAUAAACGUUCUCCUAGCUAAAAUUGAUUUAGAGACUCAAGAGAUCUCUUUAAAGAAUACUGAUGAGAGAUUCAGAGAUCGACUGCAGGUGGAUCAUCAGACUGGAUCUCUGACCAUCACAAACACCAAAACCACAGACUCUGGACUUUAUAAACUACAGAUCAGAGGCAGUGAGAGCUCACAGCGAUUCAUUCUUACUGUCAACGAUUCAGGUCUGUCUCCACCUGCUGUAGCAGGGAUUGUUGUUGGUGGUGGUGUUGUUGUUCUGCUGGUGGCUGCAGCAGCUGCUGGUGUGAUUUACUAUCGCAAGAUCUCAGAACUACAAAAACAAAGGUCCGUGAUGAUAUCAGUGGAGGAAGGAGAACAUGCUACUCUAAACCAUGCUAAUAAAAUACAGAAAGAUGAUCUGAUCCUGUGGAUGUUUGGUGAUGAAAACAAACUCAUUGCUCAAAUGAUGGGACAGACUAGAGAGAUCACAUAUCCUGAUGCUGGCAAGAGAUUCAUAAACGCACUGCAGCUGGACAAGACUGGAUCUCUGACUAUCAAGAGCAUCACAAAUGAACAAGCUGGAAAUUAUAAACUACAGAUAUGCAACAGCAGAAGAACCAUAGAGAAUCAAUUUUGUGUUGAUGUCCGUGGUGAGUAAUUUAUGUUUUAUAAAUGAACAGAUUUAUAAUAAACUGAAUCUAAUAGUUACAGAGUUAUUGUUAUCUGAGUGUCUAUUUACACUAACUCCGCCCACCAACAUGUGAUUGGGAUAG